AGGGGGGCGAGUGGAUGGGAGAGAAAUGUCCUUCAUAUAAACCAGACACAAUCAAGCAGGUAGCACAAGAGGAGGAGACUGGAGCAUCUUUUUCACCGUCAAGUGCGUGUUGGAGGAAACCAACCCAGACAUGCUUCUGUUGAUAUGCACACUUUGGACCACAACCCUGAUAGGUGCAAUCAGGUCGGAGGGGGUGUGUCUGCAAGAUGGCAAGCACAAGGCGUCUCCCGGGCCGGAGCCCCAUCUGAAGGAGUGUUCGCUCUAUGCCGACAACAGCUGCUGCACUCAGGAACACGUCCGGGACAUUUCCCACCUUCCCUCUGCCAGCAAUCACAACCAACCUUGGGACAAGUGCGGGCCCCUCAGCUCUGCGUGUGAAGGCUUCCUGAAGCGUGUGUCGUGUUUUUACCGCUGCUCCCCAGACGCCGCACGCUGGCCUCAUCCCCAUCGCCGCUCCUACAUCCAGGCCGUGCCACUCUGCCACAGCUUCUGUCGGGAUUGGUUUGAUGUAUGCAGGACAGACUUGACUUGCGCUCGCAACUGGGCCAGAGACCCCAGAGGACAGAACUGCACUGGAACUUGUGUUCAGUACCAGCAGAUGUAUCAGCAUGGCCGAGAUUUGUGCGAGAGCCUGUGGGGUGACGCCUUCAUGACAGUGGAGGACUCCUCCCAGGAGGCGGGAGGUGUCCUAGACAACGUCAGCCCGGGCGGCGGUCGCCCGUGCAGCUGCCUGACCCUCGGCCCCGCCGACAGAGACGUCAUCGCCGCCCUCCGAGCCCAGCGGGACGACCCGGAGGAGCUGGACAGCACCAAGCCCGCAUACACGUCUCCCUGCCGGGCCAAGCUGCCCCCUCUGACAAGAAGCGGCCGGAAGGGCAACUCCGUCCUUCGCAAACGAUCCAUCGUGGUGGACGACGGGGAGGGCAGCGGAAGUGGCUUGUAGAUAAAUGAGGAGGUAACUGUAACUAGAUCUUAUAUUCCAACGUUCAUAGUCGUCGUUUAGGUAAGUGGACGCAUCUCUACUUGGCGACCUUGCUCCUCUUCUCCAUCAUCAAGGUGACCACAAGUCUGUGCUGUGCAGGUGUCGUGAUCCCGUGUUAUAUGCAGCAUGUUUGUCUUUGGGGUGGAACGUUCAUGAUCACAAUGGAUGUGGGACAGGAAGCGUUUGCUAUGCUAAUGACACCGGAAGAAGACACGUUUAGUACUCAAUUGCAAAAUGUGCUCGUCAGCUGUAGACUAAAUCCGCAGAAGCAAGAGGAGACAAUGUAUGGUUAGCUCAGUCCUCAAAGUACAAUUACAACAUAUAGCUCAAAUUAAAUAUUUGGGGAUUUUUUUUAAGGAUUGUUGUUCCUGUGCUGUUCUUUUACAAUAUCAAUAAAGAAAACGUUCUAAAUGUCA